AAGUGGGGGAUGCUCAUGCUGCUGGGGUUCUGAGGUAAAGGAACAGAAAAAGUAAAAGAGUUAGUAGCAGUGAAAGCUCCAAACCGUACAAGCUUCUCAGGAGGGGGCCAGACACCCAACUCUUUUAACAAGUCUUGAAUAUUCAUUACUGGAAACGUAUAUAUAUGUACAUAUAUGUAUUAAAUAAUAAUUCCUUAUUUUGUUUUUACAGUUCUGUUUAAUUUUUAAUCCACCCUCCCCACAACAGCACUCCCUUAAGUUUAUGGAUUUCCGUAGAGUUGUCAGAGACAAGAGCUGCUACAGAGGCAGCUCAGCUGCAGGACCAGAAGCAGCAGAGAGGUGCAGUCAUAAUACGUGCAGCUCUCUCUCUCUCUUCUCUCUCUCUCUCUCUCUCUCUCUCUCUCUCUCUCUCUCUCUCUCUCUUUUCCAGCACUGUAAUCAGAACCAUUAGUUUUAUCCGUGUACAGAAGAUUCUGCAGGCCAAUGGUCCCUGAAAUAAAUAUACCUACUCUACUCCUUCCACCCAUACUCUCCUUUCACUGCUUUCUCAUUUUGUGUUAAUUGUCUUUUCAACUUUCUAUUUUCUUUUCCUCUCGAGUGAUGAGCGCAAGAAACAGAUUUCCCUUCACUGCAUCUCAAUGGCAAGAGCUUGAGCACCAAGCUCUAAUCUUCAAGUACAUGGUCUCCGGUAUCCCCAUCCCUCCUGAUCUCCUUUUCGCCAUCAAAAGAAGCUGCAUCGACUCUCCUCUCUCCUCUCGCCACAUUGGGUGGAACUGUUUUCCAAUGGGUUUGGGUAGGAAAAUUGACCCAGAACCAGGAAGAUGCAGGAGAACAGAUGGGAAGAAAUGGAGAUGCUCCAAAGAGGCCUACCCAGAUUCUAAGUACUGUGAAAGACACAUGCACAGAGGCAAAAAUCGUUCAAGAAAGCCUGUGGAAGUAACUACUACAACGACAACAUCGACACAAACCAUCUCUUCCAUCGCCAAAACUCCAUCAUCAUUCGCUCCAUCUUCUCAUUCGCUCUCUUCCAUUUCCUCCUCCGAAACAACCCACCACCACCAUCUUCAAUAUCCUUAUAACCACCAUCCUUUCUUAUAUUCACAUACAUCUUCUUCAAGGUCUGCUGGGAUUGCUUUGCCACCUCAAGAUAACACGGCCCAUUUGUUUUUGGAGUCUGCUUCUUAUUCACAGGCUGACACUGAUUACAGAAGAAGCAGGUAUGGUUAUGGGGGUAAGGAGGAUGAGCAUGCUUUCUUCUCACAGCCUUCUGGGACAAUGAGGAGCUUUUCUGGUUCAUCAACUGAUGAUUCAUGGCAACUUACCCCGCUGACAAUGAGCUCCACUUCUUGUUCCAAGCAAAGGAGCUACUCUGGUUUACAGAAUGACUAUACGUACUUGCAGCUGGCAGAUCACACCCCAAAACAACACAAGCAUUGCUAUGUCUUGGGUGCUGAUAUCAAAUGUGAAAUGCCCGUCAAGUUUGAGAAACAAGAAGAGGAGGAAGAAGAAGUGCAAGAACCCCACAAGACGGUUCACAGGUUCUUCGAUGAAUGGCCGCCAAAUAAUAGAGAGUCAUGGGGUGAUUUGGAUGACAAAUCAUCAAACGCUGCAUCUAUUUCAACAACCCAGCUGUCCAUUUCCAUCCCCUCCUCUCUAUAUGAAUUCCCCAUUUUCAGUUCUAGACCCCAAAAUGAUGGGUGAGUCUCACUUGCCACACUCUGGUGGGUUGCUGUACUUAUUGCCAAACAUGUACUUGCAUGGUGGGGUUAAUGCUGUGGCAUGCCAAGUCUUGAAUGACUGUUAUCAAUGUCUUGUUUCUUUUUCUCUUUUGUUGUCUUUUGGCUUUCAUAGCAAAAUGUGCUCAUAUUGCAUUAGCAGUACUGAUGAAUGAAGGAUCCAAUGCCUUUUACUUCAAGACUAGCUGGAUUUUCUGAUUCAUGAAAGAGAACCCGGAUUCAAUUCAUUCCCACCACCAAUAUAUUAUAUAAUACAAUGAUAUUAGUAGGAGUGAUGCUGUUGUGGGUUUUUUUUAUGGUUUUUUUGCUUUGAAUUUGCAGAUUGUAAAAGUAUUAUGGCUGAGUUGAGGGACCCAGUGUUUCCUAGAUUUGCUAAUUUGUCA